CCCAUUCAUUCUCAUCUAUCUAAGCAACCAUGAGCUUCACUGGAAAGUACGAGGUUGACAGCCAGGAGAACUAUGAAGCCUUCAUGCAGACCAUUGGCAUCCCAGAUGAAACCACCCAAAAAGGGAAAGACUUCAAAUUCACCACUGAAAUAGUCCACAAUGGUGAUGACUUCACAUGGUCCCAAAUCUUCCCUGGCCACACCAUGACUAACAAUUUCACAGUAGGAAAGGAGUGUGAGAUGGAGACUUUGAGAGGAAAGAAAUUUAAGGCGACUGUCCAGCGUGAUGGAGGGAAGAUAGUUGUUGACUUUGGCAAAUACAAGCAUUCAUCCGAGAUUGUUGGAGGGAAACUAGUAGAGAUUUCAGAAGCUGGUGGUGUUACUUUCACAAGGAUCAGUAAAAGAAUUGCCUAAAGACCAACCUAAUCACUAUGUUUU